CUUGAGAAAGAUCAAGUGCUCGGGAUAGCACGGGUUAAGAAUGAACCGGCCCUCGUAUCACUGACCUGCAUACCCUGUUUUCAGCUAUUCUAUAACAUCUGCGACCUGUAUGGGGAAUCUCGCUUAUUAAGCCAGAAGAAGGAUUUCAGCAUCAGUAACGAGGACGCAGUACUGCUAACAAUGAUGAAGCUGUACCACAAUCUGACGUUUUCCCUUCUUGGGGUACUGUUUGGGGUCCAUAGGACGACAGCUUCCAACAUAUUUAGAGCGUCGGUACCGGUCCUAGCAGCAGUGCUCAGGCACGCCGUUUUCUGGCCUGAAAAGGAGGCUGUGCUCCAGUCCCUGACCAAGUACUUUAACAAGUACAGGGACUGUCGCAUGGUGCUCGACUGUAUAGAGAUUCCUCUGCAAAAGCCGAAAAACCUGGAGUCUCAACUACUUACCUACAGUCACUACAAGGGAACCCACACUGCAAAGGUGCUUGUGUGCGAGACGCCAGGUGGCUUAAUUAGCUAUGUGAGUCCGGCAUUCUGUGGCAGAUCCUCCGACACGCAUAUCACAAAGGAGAGUGGGCUUCUAGAGAAAUGCCUGCCCUUCAUCGACAGCGUAAUGGUCGACAAGGGGUUCUUAAUUGACGAGCUGUGUUGCGAACACAAGGUAAAGUUGGUUCGUCCACCAUUUCUCCGUAAAAACACACAGCUGAGCAAAUCUGACGCCGCAAACAACCAAAGCAUCGCAGCCGCACGCGUCCAUGUCGAGCGUGCAAUUCAGCGAAUGAAGUUGUUUCGAAUUCUUCGGGACAAUUUCAGCGCAGACCUCCUUCCGCAAAUCGAUGAUGUUGUCGUCAUCAUUGCAGGUCUCGUGAACCUCUCAAAGCCCUUGUUCAGCAACGACAAAUUUUUAACUGGUUAAUACAUUGCUGAACAGGACACGAUAGCGUUUUCUUUUAGCUGCCUGUUUAAACGUUGACGUUAAUCUGUAGAUCACUUAAUGGGCAUUUCAAACAUGGCAUCCCACUGUCAUUUGUGAAGAAUGAG